AUGCUGGCUUGCUGGCUGCAGCUAGGCGUCGAGGCUAGUAAGUCCGCUAUCACGCAUGAGGACCCAUAUGCAAUGCCGUUUUUCGCCAAUCGCCCUGGGCUUACGGCCUCCGCGAUGCCAUCAAUCACAGUUCACGUAGCUCUCGAACCACCUCUGUGA